AUAAAAUAAAUACAUUGGAUUUAAGUUCUAUAUACAGUGGUUCAAUCAUGGAGGUUCAACAUCUCAUGCAUGUGUUUCCUAACACAUGACUCCAUAACUCUCAUAGUACAAACCAGGGGCAGACUGACCAUUUGGAAACUCGGGCACUGCCCGAGGGCCUGGGGUCAGUAGGGGGCCCCAUGAGAUGCCCCUGGUACCUUUUCAUAGGCUUUUUUGAGUUUGGGCAAGGACACAGGGGCCCCAUGAUCCCCUAUUGCCCGGGGGGGCCCAUGAGUUGUCAAUCCACCCCUGGUGUAAACUGAU